AUGGAGCGCUCCGGUCAAGUCGAGCUAACUCAGCCGGUGAACGCCACAAACGACAGCCUGAUCGCGGAGUCCUCCACCGGGGAUGUCAGCGCAGAGAGUCUCGUCUAUCAGAUCAGUCUGGCGGUGAUCCUCUCUGUCAUCACGCUCGCCACCACUUUGUCCAACGCGUUCGUCAUCGCAACAAUCUCCCAGUCCAAGAAACUACAAACUCCUGCCAACUUUCUGAUCGCCUCUCUGGCCAUCACUGAUCUGCUGGUGUCCAUCCUGGUGAUGCCCAUCUGCGUCCUGUACACCGUCAUCCACACCUGGACGCUGGGGCAGAUCGUGUGCGACAUCUGGCUCUCCUCGGACAUAACGUGCUGCACGGCGUCCAUCCUCCACCUGUGCGUAAUCGCUUUGGAUAGGUACUGGGCCAUCACGGACGCGGUGGAGUACUCCAAAAAGCGCACGCCGGGACGCGCGGCCGGCAUGGUGGCCACAGCCUGGGUCAUCGCCAUCUCCAUCUCCCUGCCGCCUCUCUUCUGGAGGCAGGUGAAGGCGGAGGAGAUGACCAGCUGCAGCGUCAACACGGAUCAUAUUUUCUACACCAUCUACUCCACCUUUGGGGCUUUCUACAUCCCCACCCUGCUGCUUAUUGUCCUCUACGGACGGAUAUACGUCGAGGCUCGGAAACGGAUCCUGAAGCAGUCCCCCAAGAAGGUGGGGAAGAGGCUCACCUCGGCGCACCUGGUCACCAACUCCCCUGGAUCCGUGGCUUCCACGUCCUCCCUGCAGUACGGGAGGCACGACACUCCGUCCAGCGACACCGGCUCCUCAACAAGCGAGAACCAGGUGAAAGUGACGGUGUCGGACGCGCUUCUGGAGAAGAAGCGCAUUUCAGCAGCCAGAGAGAGAAAAGCCACCAAGACUUUGGGGAUAAUCCUCGGCGCGUACAUCGUUUGCUGGCUGCCGUUUUUCAUUUACACACUGCUGGUGGCCACAUGCGACACGUGUUUUAACCCCGAGUUAUUUGACUUUUUCACCUGGUUGGGAUACCUGAACUCCCUCAUCAACCCGAUCAUUUACACGAUGUCCAACGAGGACUUCAAGAAAGCUUUCCAUAAACUUCUGCGCUUCAGAUGCUGCAGGUCGUGA